CUUCGGAGGAACGGUUGAGGCAGUAUCCAGUUUGAGCGGCUGUAUAAAACUACCGCAUAAAAAUAAUUUACAAAAAAAAAUGACUGUGUCUAUUGGAAAAGAGAGUAUGCAAGACGCGGAGGGAAUGGAGAAUAAAGCUGGCGAGAAGCACAUAGACCUGGAUUAUGUGCUCGUACACGAGCUGGGCCAAUUUGGCCGGUUCCAGCUGAUCAACACACUACUGGUGUCAAUUCCAAUUAUCAUGUCGGCGUUUAUGAGUGAAUUCAUCUUUGGCGCUGCUGCUAUACCUCACAGAUGCCGUAUCCCUGAGUGUGGGGAGGAUAGCAAGACGAAUGGUUUCCGACCUGAUUGGAUCUUUAAUGCCAUUCCUCAAGUGGGUACGAACAACUUUGCCAGUUGCGAGCGGUUCGCAUCUGUAGGCAACGGCACAUUGGACAUGUGCCCGAUUGACCUAUUCGACAGGGACGUAACGACUGGCUGUGAAGCAUUUGUGUACGACAGGACUGACUCCGUAGUGUAUGAUUUUGAUUUGGGCUGUCAAGAGUGGAUGAGAGCGUUGGCCGGUACAUUGAACGCCGUUGGGACAUUACUAGUAUUGCCCAUCACUGGAUACAUAUCAGACCGGUUCGGAAGACGAGUGGCCCUCAUCAUCAACGUAUUCAAUUUGGCUUUAUUCGGUAUCAUCAGAGCCUUCUCCGUCAACUAUCCUAUGUAUUUGGCACUGCAGAUCAUACAAACUACCCUGGGUGCUGGAACUUUCAGUUCUGCAUAUAUUUUUGCUGCGGAGUUGGUAGGACCCAAGUACCGUGUUUUAGCGAGUGCAACAUCAACGUCGAUGUUUGCUCUCGGCCAAGUAGUCUUAGGUGGAACAGCAUGGUUGAUACCAUCAUGGCGUUAUCUCCUCCUAGCGCUUAACAUUCCGUGUUUUCUAAUCAUCUCCUAUUACUGGAUCCUUUCGGAGAGUGUGAGAUGGCUGCUGUCUAAGGAAAAAUUUGAGGAGGCGAAAAUAGUGUUAGAGAAAGUGGCAAGAGUAAACAGAAAAGUGAUUAGUGAAAAAUCAAUGCAAGCUUUAUUAACCCCAGCUCCACCGCCACCUGAAUCUUCAUUGGAGAAUAAAGACUCGUUAGUAAAAGCAAUAUUUAAGUCGCCCAUUCUAUUACGACGAGUGUGCACGACUCCGAUAUGGUGGAUUACUACGAUCCUGGUGUACUACGGACUCUCCAUCAACUCUACCGAGCUAUCAGAGCAAAGGCAUCUUAACUAUAUCCUAACAGUAGCUAUAGAAAUCCCCGGCUUCUACAGUGCUGUACUCAUUCUUGAUAGGAUUGGAAGAAGAAUUACUUUAUGUGGCGGGUACUUUUUGAGUGCAGCGUGCAAUAUUGCUUUCGCCUUUAUUCCACAACAUCUAGCAGUGCUUAGACUGGUAAUCUUCCUUCUCGGCAAGUUCGGAAUCUCAGUGGUGAUGACUUCUAUGUACUUGUACACAUCAGAGCUGUACCCGACGCAGUACCGGCACAGUCUGCUCGGCUUCUCCUCCAUGAUUGGCAGAAUUGGUUCCAUUACCGCUCCUCUCACUCCAGUACUUGCGGACUAUUGGCAUGGCAUACCUUCUAUGAUGUUCGGCACACUGGGCUUUAUCUCAGCAGUGCUUGUACUGACGCAGCCAGAGACCCUCGGCACCAAGAUGCCUGACACUCUCGCGGAGGCCGAAGCAAUUGGUAGAAAGAAAUAAUCAACAGAAAAAGAUAAUCAACAGAAAGAAGAAAAAUAUGUAAAUAAUUUAAGUACAUAGUACUUCUGGAAAGCAAGACACAACGAUAAUAUUUUACUUGUUA